AUGUCGGGCCGUGGCGAUGCUCGUCGCGGCCGCCGGUCCCCACCACCCUCUGACUCUGAAGACGAGUCUCUUACCCACAUUCAGUGUUGGAUCCCCGCCGCUAGCAUAGACCUCGUCGUCCUAGCCAUUUAUCUCAAAGAGUUCAUUGACGAUACAGCCACCAUCAAACCAUCGCCAAACCCUCAGGAUACAUCGAAACAGGGUUACACGAUUGGAGCAAGGAACACGUUGAGUGUGUCAGGCUGUCGCGACAUCAUCGAGGACUCCCGGACUUGGGAGAAGGAGAAGCAGAGCAGGGAUUACCGCAAGGAUCCUUACCCGUACAACGAUUCAGACACCUGGUACAAUAGGCGGAAAAAGGGAGCCAGUCCCGGGCACACCAACCCUAGGCGACGACGAAGACCUGCUGGAGAGGUUGCCGACGCCGCAGCACGGGCAAGCAAAGCAGUUGGGGCCCGACACCGGGAUCCAGAUCCUGAGCCUCCGCCCCGCCCUUCCAACCCCCCACCAGAUGUUCUGAAAGAAAGCAGAAUACCCAAACCGGGACUCGAAACGUCUAUGAAAAAGUUAAGCAUUGCGACUCCCGACAGCAAAGAUAUGUCACGUGAAAGCCUGAGCAAGAGAACGGUAACAAAUGAAGAGCCUAGGGAAGAAGCAAACAGAGGGGCGCGGGUGCAGCCUAAUACAAGUAGCACCAGGCACAGGGACAAGGCCGACAGCGAUAUCAGGUCAACAACCACAUCGGGUUGGCGAGAACGUGAUCGGCAUACUGUUGACGACGAUGACGUGCGUUCGACGAUGUCAAGUGCCCGAAGAGACCCCCGGGAUCGUCACCGAACGUAG